GGGAAACAAACCUGAGGCCGUCUAUUGUGAACCUGAGGCCUGGGCGGCCCCAGGCAACCCUGAUCAUGUGUUGUACGACGAAGCAUGCUCAGCUCCGUUGGCCCAUGCUCAGGCCUCAGCAGACCGCCGUACAACAUGGGAAGGGUUAGGGAAGCACAGGGAAGUCCUUUGGAGGUCGUCUAUUGUGAGCAUGAGGCCUGAGCAACCCCAGGCAACCCUGGCGUCCUUGAGCAUGCGGGACGUUGAACGACAAAGCGUGCUCAGAUCCGCGAUGGGGGCUUCGCCCUAAAACGAACUUAUUUUUUUUAGCUGCCGUCCUGCCCUGGGUCGCUGGGUGCUCCCACCGUACUGGCUUACUAAGGAGACGGUAAUGCGCAUCGCCUUCUUCAACUGCAUUCCGCAGCUGCCUUAACAGCAAUUUGCUAGCAAUUUGUUUGGUGGAAAUUCAGGGGAGCAGUAGCUGCUCUUACGGAAAGCCAGGAGUCGCAAGCUUGCCUCAAAUCUACAUAGCCGCCUGGUACCACAGUGUCAUGUUACGGGGCUUGCUUACUAGCUGGUUGCCCAAUACAGGCGAGCGUCUCUGCGCUGAGAACCCUUGUCGCUAACUGGACGAGCAGUAACAACUAGCCUGUUUGUAUCGCGAUUACGGCUAUGAGCACUCCCACAACUACGGAGCUGCUUUUAGAAGCUCUAGACCGAGAGGGCUGGAGCACAGCCGAGUUUCGGCAACCCCUAGCCGACCUGUCCACCUCCGCCCCAUCCACCCACGACCCGACUCCGCCUACCGUGCCUUCCACCUCUUCUUCCGGUGCUGCUGGAAGCAUCCCGUACGAAGCUGCUCUUGCAUACGGCAGAAUCCGGCGAUUUGUACGAUACACACCUUUGGAUCCAUGUCCCUGGCUGUCGGACCUGGCGGGAGGGGGCUGCCGGGUGUGGCUCAAGAUGGAGAGCGAGCAGCUGAGCGGCUCGUUCAAGAUCCGAGGUGCCCUCAACACGCUGCUGUCGCUGCCCCCGGAGGUGCUCUCACGCGGCGUCUUCACCGCAUCCACCGGGAACCACGCCCUUGCCGUACUGCACGCAUGUGCCGUACUCUCAUCCUCCUUGACAUCCUCCUCUUCCUCGUCAUCAUCACUUCCCCAUGCGUCGUCCGUACUCCCAAGUUUAUCGGCUUGCUCUCACGCCCCCAUGCGACCCGUCUUGUACGUACCAGAAACGGCAUCUCCGUACAAGAUCCAAAAGCUCCGAGCCCUAGGCGGCCAGCUGCAGCUGUACGGCAGGGACUGCCUGGAAACCGAAACCGCCGCUCGAUCCGCAGCCGCAGCAGCGGGCGCAGUGUACGUGAGUCCCUACAAUGACCCAUGGGUCAUGGCGGGCCAAGGCACAGCUGCGCUCGAGAUCCUAUCAGACCUGCCCCGCGGUCAACUGGACGUGGUCUUCAUUCCUGUGGGCGGCGGAGGUCUUAUCGGCGGCAUGGCAGCCGUCCUAAAAGCAGCUCACCCGAACAUCAGGAUCGUGGGAUGCCAGCCGGCGGCUUCAGACGUCAUGGCUCGAUCCGUGGCCGCUGGACGAAUCGUACCUGAGGUUAAAAUCCCAACGUUAACAGAAACCGUUAGUAACAGCGCGUCAACAGCCGACGCUAACAGCACGACUGUUAGCGGCCGCUAUGCUACCGGUACCAUGGAAAGCGGUGGUACGACACCUGCUGUUGCUGCAGCUAAUGCAGUUGCUGCAGCUGCCCCUAGCUCGACGCUGUCUGACGCCACCGCGGGUGGUGUGGAGGAAGGCAGUCUGACGCUGCCUCCCUGCAUGUGCUGCGUGGACGAGUGGGUGGCGGUGGGCGAGGAGGAGAUUGCGGAGGCGUUGGUGGAGCUGCUGGAGCAGCAGGCCAAGAUGGUGGAAGGCUGCAACGACCAGCACCUACCACCACCACCCUCACGCCCUUGACCGCGCCGGGCUCACGUUGCCCCGUGCGCUAGCUGGCGGGCUGGCUCGACUGCGGCUGGGGGAGGCAGGUCGGGUGCUGCUGCUGCUGGGGUUGGCGUUGCCACCCGCCACGGAGCUCUCCAGCGGGCCGUCCUGCUCGGGCUGCCAAUGCGCCAGGUCCUGCAGGAGGAGGGGAGAGGGAGAGGGAGAGGCAAGGAGCGGUUGGGCGAGUGGCGAUGAGCGUGCAUGCAUGCGUGCGUACAUGAGUGGCGGGAUACGGACGAGGGUACCAGCAUUGCGGACGAGGGUAGCAGCAUUGCGGACGAGGGUAGCAGCAUUACGGACGAGGGUAGCAGCAGCAAUCUGCUGCCUCGCCGCCAUCUCUCGUCGUCCUGCUUCCCGUAUUACACGGGCUCCGCUGUCAUACUGAUAGCUGGGGCCUUCGUGGCUUGCUUGUGUGAGGAACGGCCCAUUGAGAGGGGCAGCAGCAGAGGCCCUGCUGCAGGCGAGCGUGGGGCAUCCUUGUUGUUGUUGUGGAGUUGUUGAUGGCGACGAUGAUGCCUAGCUAGUACCGUCCUGAAGGUGGUUUACUUAUGCGAAUUGUCGGAAGGAGGUAACGAGGACUCUUGAAGUCAGGAUUGUUG